AUGCUGGCCCCAUUGACAGCCGCGUCGAAGCCAAAGUACAUCAUAUAUCUUACAGGCCAACACAACGUUGUCCCGGAUACUUUCUUAGUCUCGCAAGUCACACACGUCGCACUCGCGUUCAUGCGCUCUGCAAUUUUCAACAGCGCUGCUCCUCCAUCUGUCUGGCCGCUUUUCACGACUGUGGAUGAAGUCCGGCCGAAGUUUGCUAGUGGGACCGCGGUUAUGGUGGCGAUUGGUGGGUGGGGAGAUACGAAUGGGUUCUCGGAAGCCGCGAGAUCGGAGGAGAGUCGGAAGCUUUUCGCGAGGAACGUCAAAGUUAUGGUUGAUGAGACGAGCGCUGACGGGGUGGAUAUCGAUUGGGAGUAUCCAGGCGGAAACGGCGAGGACUACAAGUCGACUCCAAACGCCGAGAAAGCAUGGGAGAUCGACGCGUAUCCUAAACUCCUCUCCGAAAUCCGCGCCGCUAUCGGUCCGUCGAAAAUGAUUUCAGCAGCAGUCCCUGGUCUUCCUCGCGAUAUGCUCGCCUUCACCCGCUCCACUCUUCCAGAGGUCAUGAAAUCCGUCGACUUCCUGAACAUCAUGACAUACGACCUCAUGAACCGGCGCGACAAUGUCACAAAGCAUCACACAGGUCUGCAACUCUCCCUCGAAGCCAUUGACGCCUACUUGGAGCAAGGCGUACCGCCCGAGAAAGCGAGCCUGGGUCUAGCGUUCUACGUCAAGUGGUUCAAGACUGAUCCAGGCGCAAACUGCUCGAAUAAUCCCAUCGGCUGCAGAACAGAACUCAUGGAAGACCCAACUACCGGUGCUGAUCUGGGAAAAGCAGGCGCAUUCUCAUGGCACGACGAGGUACCCCCGAAGCUGUCAUCCUCCCUCAAUCGCGCCAUAACCGAAGGAGUGUACGAUCCCGUAGGCGGUGGUCACUACUUCUUUGACACGGAAGAGAACAUAUUCUGGUCGUGGGACACUCCUUCAUCUAUUCGCAAGAAAUUUCCGGCGAUUGUGGAGAAAAGGGAGCUUGGGGGCGUGUUCGCAUGGGGACUAGGCGAGGAUGCACCGAAAUUUCAGCAUUUGAAGGCCGCGAAUGAAGGGAUGCAAGAGCUAAGGGUGAGGAGAAGUGGAGGAGGGGAAUACAAAGAAAGAAGCGAACUGUAACCAAGAAGAGUUGCAACAGGGAAAUAUCUCCACAUGAGCAUGUAAGCGGCAACUCCGGUCCUCGCCGACUGCACACACCGCCUUCUAGAACCUUUGCAGUUCAGCCUCAUGCUGGAGGCCUUACCUUGGCAGUCCCUGCAACAAGUACACGUCAAACCAAGAUAGGCGUGGUAUUCAGGUAACUAUUUCGGCGUGCAGGGUUUUGCGUAAAGGUUCCCCUUGGUCCAAGCCGAACUAACUUGACCUAACGUCGCGGUGGUUGCCAUGCCCCACACCAACAAGGGUCCUUCAGCCUCAACGUUGC